AUGUGGGUUCAAGUUGGAGAAACCAACGCAAAAUCAUGUCUCAUCUUCCAAGAACAAGCAGGAUUGAACAGGGACCGUGGUGCCAAUACUGCCAGCAACAUCGUUAACAAUAUCACCCAAGCCGACAAUGAUGAGCUCGGAUUGGGUCUUUCUAUCAAUAGGUGUGAGGAGCCAAGUAUUGUGACAAAUGAGCCCAGCAUACCACAACUAUCAUCUACCAUCCUCACAAGUUAUACACAAAUAGAGAACACGCUGCGCAUUGCACGCGCACAUUAUGUCCUGAAUUCACUUCCAGAUAACGAGGAUAUCCCACAUUGUUUCCUCCCUGUCUCCCUCUGGCUAGACAAGGGAAACAUCACAAAGCGUGUUAAGAAGCAUCCCAUCAUCAUUCGCCCAGUUUUUCUUCCGCAUCAAGUCAGGAACGCAUCAGGCAACGGAGGGGGUGUUCUUGUAGGCUAUAUGCCAAUUUGGCAAUGUUUCAAGCGGGAGGUCUACCACAAAGUUGCCAAGCAAGUUUACAAAAAUUCUAUUGAGGCACCAAACAAAACUGAAGCGGAGCGAAUUUUACAAAGUUAUGGAUUACAUGCAACGGAGAACUUCUUUUGGACAUUGGAACAUUCAGAUCCCUACCUCGCUAUCUCAUACGACAAACUUCACUC